CAUCUAUCGGCUUCUCCAUGAAAUCACAGAGUUGUGGAUCAAGAGUGCCUAGGCUGCAUCGGUGAUCCUGCAUCUGAUUUGUAGAUGUCCAACAGCGGUACUUGGAAGCGAGGAGAGUCAUCCCGCGGUUCGACAAGGGCGAGAAAUGUCCGAAGCACACCUAUCAGCCUCUUCACCUUCCACCCACGAAGUUCGAGACGGAGUCUUGAGUAUGUAAAUGUCGAAGAGAGUUGGACCGAUGGCUUGCAUGGACACCGGUGGUCCGGAUAUACAUGGGGCAGCGCUUAUCCGCGAGACCGCAGGGACAGGGCGCACGCAGCGCACCAACUAACAUCAUCCAACUUGCUGCUGCUCUUGACUAAAGACGUCAGUACCUACACAAAGCGCUCAAGGCUGCAGGUCUCGCCUCGAAAUGUGACGAGUCGCGAGUAUCGUAAAAAACUACCUCUCUUCUCCGUCAGUCAAGGAGUCCAUUCACGUCGAAAGUCAGCUCUGAAACCUGCUCUCUGGGCAACAAAAAUAGCUCAAGAUGAAGCAGUCGUCACACGUCUCCUGCAGAAGUGCUUCUUUUUAGGCCAGCCCUGCGCAGCUUUGCUUGCGGCAAGCCACAGCCACGAACAAAGGGAUAGCUCGACUAUGCUUCCGAGCUCUACGGGGCCCGAGACACUUGCGGGCGUCUUGAAAGGGAGUAAUUCGGCUGGCUCCGCACUCGAGUUGUCCGAAGCAAGUGUGCAAUACAUUCGCGAACAGGCGCAAAAGCAAGCGGCAGGCAUGUGCCUUGUCAAGAGCUGGUUUCAGAAGGAUUGCUGGGCCAACAAAGCCGUCAACUCGUUGAAGCUUAGCUGACUGGGCAGCGCACUCAGGUCGGUUCAGAGAUGGGCACACGAAUAUGUAUAGACACGCCUAAAAGUCCCCCUUACUUUGAGUCCGCCGCAGAAAAAAGCGAGCAAUGCUGGUGCACAGCUCCUUCACAUCAGUCCCGCCUCUUGCUUUUCAGCUGCCGUCAAUGCGAGAUAUGCUGCGCUCCCACGAAUUACUCGCAGCUAGCUACGAACGGCUGGACAAUGAAGAUGUCGAGGGAAGGCACAACAAGACUUAUCGGUGGCAUAGCCGAAUGUGCGGGGGGACUCGGGCGCUGCCAGUCAUUGUCAUCCUUAUCCUCGUCUCAGUCAUCAGCACUGCGUACGUCCUUUGGAUUCCUUCGCCUACGCGCUCGUCGACGAUGUCGUCCAAAGCUGGCUUGGACGACUCGUCAUUCGCCAAAGAUGAGGGGGAAGACCAUGUAAAGCUUUCAAUUUCCUCUCGCAACGCCUACGUCACGUAUGCCACGGAUGCGAACGCACUCUGCAACACGCUCAUAGCACACGACACGCUUCUACAGACCAGUCCACGCGCAGAUAUCGACCGAGUGGUGAUUGUGCCAACGACUUUGCCGCUCGGGCGGUAUCAGCAAGGACUUGAACAGCUCGGAGUCAACGUACACAGACAUGACCUUCUCGCUCGCUCUUCCUUCUCUACUUGGUCCCACUCACUUACAAAACUGAGCAUCUUUUCAGCUCGAAGGAAUCUACGAUCGCGUAGUAUACUUUGAUAGCGACGCUUGGAUUCUACGCAACCUGGACAACUUGUUCGAGCUGGAAGAUUGGCUUUGUAUGCGCCCAGAGCUUAUUGGUUACCGCAACCCUUCUUUCAAUCCACAUUGCUCGUUUUGCAACCUAGCAAUAGCACUUUUGAAGGUCUCUUGCAGCUCUCUAAGAAGCAAG